GCUAAAAAGCAUUUGGGGGCUUCAAGUGGGCAUUCCCUCCAAAACAGUUUGGAUCCCAAGGAGUUUGUUGUUGUUUUUAGUCAUUUCGACUGUCACCUUUUGUGUUCUCAUGGUUUCUGUCGGUAAUUCAGCAUGAAGCGACCUCCAAUGUCUGCAGUGAUUUCCUGGAUUGCUUACAAUCAUCAGAAAACAUCGUAUGCUUGAGGAAAGAUGUUUCUGGAUAGAGACAAGUAUUUUUGGAAGUACUGUUUACAGCACUUCCUCACAAUGUGAAUAAACCCCAGCAGUGCUUCAGGAAAAUCUGCAUCAAGAAUUAAUGUAGUUACCGACAUGUAAAGAACGUUUUUGGGAGAUGCUACAGACGGGCAACUACUCCCUGGUGCUGCUGAUCCAGCUCAUACUUCUGGCUUUUGACCUUUUCGUCAACUCAUUCAGUGAACUGCUGACAGGAGCUGCCGUCAUCCAGCUGGUGCUUUUUAUCAUCCAGGACAUCGCCAUCUUGUUCAACGUGAUCAUCAUCCUGCUGAUGAUGUUCAACACGUACGUGUUCCAGGUGGGCCUGGUCUCUCUCCUGCUGGAGCGCUUCAGAGCUCUGCUGUUUUUCUCCGCCCUCUACCUGACCUUCAGCAUCUGCCUCCACAGCUGGCUGUUGAAUUUAAGAUGGAGAGCAUCUCGUAGUUUUGUUUGGACGGAUGGCCUUCAAGCUCUCUUUGUGUUCCAGAGGAUAGUGGCUGUGUUCUAUUACUACUUGUACAAGCGCACGGCAGAGUACAUGGGGGACCCAAGGCUCUACAUGGACUCUCUUUGGCUGCGUGAGGCCUUUGCCAGAGCUCGGCAGUAGACACAAAAGAUGUGGAAGCACUGGAUUUAAUUUGCUAUCAAGCAAGAAAUACGUACGCUCUUCACUCAAGAAGAAAAAAGUGACCACAGCUCAACCGCCUCUGUCAAAACUUUUUAAAAAAAGGCACACCAGUGUUGGUUUACUAUUCUCAAGCGGGCAGUUGGUUUCAAACUUUCCACUGACAGGUAAGCCAAGGGUGGCAUAUUGUACAAAGUAUUAAUCAGGAUUGAGCCUGGUAAUCUACUGUAUGUGACCUUUGUACUGCACUCGAGUUGGAGUGCAUCAAAAUUCUGUCAAGAUGCAUUAUCUAUCUAUUUUAGACUUCUCCACUGACUAUCCAUCACUUAACGCGCAUGAUCACUUGUCCCCGAUGACAAAGGCUUGUGGUUCGUUCGGUUUGAUGGAAGGCAAGUAUGAUUAUGUUAACAUGAUGCCAGUAAUAAUAUUGUGAAACCACUCAUCUGUCAGUGUGGAUCUUUUGAAUUUUUUUUUUUUUUU